AGGCAACAAGUUUGCCAAAGUGGGAGCUUGCUCUCUUCCUUUCUCAUCUCUCUCUCUUUUUCUCUCGCUCUGCCUUGAUACCUUUUGGUUGCAGACUCUCUUUGUCCUAGGUUUUAGAUUUGGGUGCUAGCAAUAGAGCUUAAAAAGAAAGAAAGAAAAAAAAACAAAGACGAGAGAGAGGAAAAAGAAAAGAAAGAGCAAGAGCUCAUUGAAUCCAAAGAGCUUUUAUUUUUUAUUUAUUUUAUUUUAUUUCUUAGACAUGGCGGGAGCAACUGCUCAAGAAUUUUGAGCUGUUUAGUUUUUGGUUUUGGUUUUGACAGCAUUAGUUGUUUUGUAAGAAAUCAAGAAGGAGAAGAUGUGGGAUCUCAAUGACUCGCCGGAUCAACCGCCGGCGUCGGCGAUGGUGACGGCGGCGCCGGGUUCAGACGAGGAUGAGUCUGUCAGCAAAGGGAAAGCAGUGGAGUCGGCUGCUUCCACUGCCGACGACAACUCCAGCUCCUCCGCUAUCGUUAUCGCUGAUGACGACGAUUGCGCCGGGGCCCUCGCCGGUGCCGGCAAGAUCUUUGGGUUUUCCGUCGGAGAGAGCUACUCCGGUGAGAGUGAGCCGCCGGUGGUGACGCGGCAGUUCUUUCCUGUUGAGAAGAUGAGCAGUGAAGCUGAUGGUGUUGGUGCGAGCUCUGGUUGUAGCUCCCUUCCGCGCGCGCACUGGGUCGGCGUGCAGUUCCGGCAGUCGUCGGAGCCUGGUGGCGUCGCCGGCGUUAAGCCGAUGGAGGUCUCGCAGCCGAUCAAGAAGAGCCGGCGAGGUCCAAGGUCAAGGAGCUCACAGUAUAGAGGUGUCACAUUUUAUAGAAGAACUGGGCGUUGGGAAUCUCAUAUUUGGGAUUGUGGAAAACAAGUUUAUUUAGGUGGGUUCGAUACUGCUCAUGCUGCUGCAAGAGCUUAUGAUAGAGCUGCAAUUAAGUUCAGAGGAGUGGAUGCAGAUAUAAAUUUUAGUUUGGAUGAUUAUGAGGAAGAUCUGAAACAGAUGAGCAAUCUUACAAAGGAGGAGUUUGUUCAUGUGCUCCGGCGACAAAGCACUGGUUUUCCGAGAGGGAGCUCGAAAUACCGGGGUGUGACUUUGCAUAAAUGUGGUAGAUGGGAAGCUCGAAUGGGCCAGUUCUUAGGGAAGAAAUAUGUGUAUCUCGGGCUAUUUGACACUGAGAUUGAAGCUGCUAGAGCUUAUGAUAAAGCAGCAAUCAAAUGUAAUGGCAAAGAUGCGGUGACGAACUUCGAUCCAAGCAUCUAUGAACCAGAGCUUAAUUCCUCUGCAAAUCAGUUAGACCACAAUCUUGAUCUCAGCCUUGGGAGCUCGGGAUCGAAGCGAAGUGGUCUAGAGGUAAUGGACGAGGACAACAAUGGAGCGAUGAUGGAUCAGAGAGUUCCAUUCGCUAUGGAACCAGAUUGGCGAUCGAACAAUAGAACCACUAGGCCUAAAUUCGAUGACAAGCUCAAGUUACCCGAAUACGAACCACAAAUAUCAUCGAAAGGCAGUGAAAUUUACAGAUACCAACAGCAACCACCGCAAGUUUUCCAAAUCAUUCAGCAGCAAUUCCACAACCCGGGUUCGCACCAAUAUCAAAACAGCGAAGGAAUGAAGAGCAUUGCCGGCAACUUGUCAUUAGCUUUAAGUGAAGAUCAUCAUCAUCAUCAUCAUCAUCAUCAUCAACAUUACCAACAACAGCAACAGCAUAGGCAAACAUGGCCGCCUCCGGGCAUCGCCAUGACUCAAUUCUCCGCUGCAGCAUCAUCAGGAUUCCCACCCCAAUCAACAAAUACAGCAACAACAACAACAACAACAACAAUGAAGUCACCCCAAAACUGGCUGCAGAAGAACUUGUUCCAUUCAAGACCGUACUGAAUAGAGACUGACAAAAACAAUGCUAAGUUCUUCUAACUCUCAAAAACCAACCACCUCCUCUUGUGUUCUCUUUUUUGGCCUGUGUAUCCAAAUGAGGGUUGAAUUGAAUGUGAUGGAACUGAGAAAGUUGGCCAAAGUUUUGCAUCUUGGCAAAUAGGUCCAUCUCCACUCAACUCUGCACAGAAAAAAAAGAGAGAAAAAGUUGGAUUGGAUUCCUUGUUUCUGUUUUUGGGAAGUGUAAUAAUGGUGCAUGGUGCGGGCCUAAACAUUAAGACUAAUUUAGAGAUGAUUAUUAUUAUUGUCAUUAUUUGUGUUGUUAUGUGACAGUGAAUGGAGAUAGAUAGGUUGUCCUUUGCUUGGGAAAGAGAGGAUGACGUGUCACUGUCAUUCCCUUAUUGGAAUCAGUUCAUGGUGGAAACAGUGGAGGAAGAAAGGGCCUAUAAUUGUGAGAGAAAGAGAAAGAAAGAGAGAGAAAAGAGAGAGAGAGAGAGAGAGAGAGAGUGUGUGUGUGUGUUGUUAUUUGUUAAGAGUGAGACUUCACAACUGUUUUUAUGGAUGGAUGGAUGUACAAAGAGAUGAACAUAUUUGUUGCUAUCUUUCUUUCUAACUCUUUGAUUGCACUCCGUCCAUGGUGUGUAUUUUUACCUUGGUUUGGAGUGGCCGCUUAUCUUUUCAUCUCAUCAUGGUUGUUACCAAUAAAGUGAAUAAUGAGUUGUAAUUUUCA